GUCGCUGUUAUAUUUUGAGAACAUAAGUCAGGGGAAGGGCAUCUUCGUCUCUAUCUGGCUCCGUUUCCCUUCAAAAUCAUCACUUCUCAGGUUGCACGAAAUCCCUUUUUGACCCCAAGCUUCAAACUCCUCAAUCACUCAACCCGCCAAUCAAGAACCGAAGCCGCAGAAAACCCAUUUUUGCGGGGAAGAUCUUCUCCAUGGAUCCAAUAGACGACAGCCCUAGCUGGGAUUUUCUCGACAAUUUCAUCGACGAAACUGCGUCUUCUUCUUUUCUUUGGCCUAGUAGUAACAGUGGAAGCUUGGAUAUUGAUUUCUCAUCCAGCGUUGCUGUCUCGCAAGAGAAGGAAUCGAAUCGCAAGAGGUAUUUUGGUUUGACUUGUGAAAAUUUGAUAAAGGCACGUGGUGAUUCAUGUAGUAGGCCUGGUGCGAAAGCAUGUCGUGAGAAGCUUCGAAGAGAAAGAUUGAAUGACAGGUUUCAGGAUCUAAGCGCUGUGUUGGAGCCUGGGAGACCUGUUAAAGCUGACAAACCUGCCAUACUUGACGAUGCCAUUAGAAUUCUCCAACAGUUGAAAUCUGAGGCACAGGAGCUGAAAGAAACAAAUGAGAAAUUACAAGAAGAAAUUAAGAGUCUGAAGGCUGAAAAGAAUGAACUCCGCGAAGAGAAACUGACCUUGAAGGCAGACAAGGAAAAGAUGGAGCAACAGGUGAAAGCUAUGGCUGUUCCUGCUCCCCCUUCAGGGUUUAUGCCAGCACACCCAGCAGCUGCCUAUCAUGCUGGGGCAACAAAGAUGCCUCCUAUGUAUCCCAGCUACAGUCUGGUUCCAAUGUGGCAGUAUUUGCCUCCAGCUGCCUACGACACAUCUCGGGAUCACGAGUUAAGACCUCCUGCUGCUUAGUUCUUGAAUGCAACUCAAAAGGAUGUAUUCAUUGUUGAAAGUUGAAACGUCCAACAAAUUUUUAUCCUCCCCCAUUGAAUCUGGGCCGCUUAACUUGUAAAUACAACUGCUCUGUCCGCUUUUGGUUUGGUUUGACAUUUGAGAAUCAGCAAGCUCUUUUUGCUGACAAUCGACCAAAAAUGUAGGCAGAUGACAUUGUUCUAUAGAAUAAGUUAGUUUAUGCGGAUAUCAUGUACUCUUUGAUAUUAGCAACUAUGCAGCUCUCCUGUUCUUGUACUGGGAUUUCGAUACUUUCUGCAUCCAGCUUGAGUUGUGGUUGUGGAAUCGGAUCCUAGUUUGAUUCUUUGCUUGUUAGAUUUGGAUUGGAGUGGCGAGAUCAGAACCUGAUCAUUUUAUUCUGAUA